AUUUAAUCUUUGUGUUGUUGUGGAGUUGAGCGUUCACCAAGAGAAGCAGCAGAAGAAGAAAAAGGUUACUGUGUGCACAGCUACCGAUAGCGAAUAAAGUCAAAACCCGGGAAUGGUUUCACUCUGAUCAAACUGAAGGAAUCGAGAAAGGAAAGGUUAGGGUUGGGGUUGAUAAGGCAGACGAGAAGAGAAGUAAGAGGUUAAUUCAAAUGCCGGAAGAGGAUUUGGUGGAUAUCAAGUUUAGGUUGUACGAUGGCUCCGAUAUCGGACCCUUCAGGUACUCCUCCGCUGCCACCGUCGAUAUGCUUAAGCAAAGGAUUGUCUCCGAUUGGCCCAAAGGUAAAACGGUUCUCCCAAAGUCAGCAAAUGAAGUGAAAUUGAUUAGUUGUGGUAAAAUCUUGGAAAACAACAAGACUGUCGGUCAGUGUAAAGUACCAUUUGGUGAGAUUGCAGGGGGUGUGAUAAUAAUGCAUGUUGUUGUACAGCCAUCUCUAGCAAAAACUAAACCUGAAAAGAAGAUUGAUGAUUCACCCAAGAAGGUUGUAUGUUCUUGUUCAAUAUUGUGAAGAUAAUUUGAGUUGGAGAUGCUAAUGCCUAUUCCGUCAAUCACUAGUCAAGUGCAGAAAUCAUCUGCCGGAACAAACGUGUCUAUUUCAGCAUUACUGUGUAAAGUACGUAUACGGGCAAUUAUAUAUUUAUAGAAAAGUUUGUGUUAAUGGUGACUUCUGAAGAUGGUUUCAUUCUUUCAUUACAAACUCCAAAGGGUUGAUGACAUUGUAACCAUUGAUUGCUACCGUUGUGCAUGAAGCUUUCGUUUUUCAUUUGCAAUGACAUGCGUGAUAU